AUGGCGGACGGCUAUCGGAGAGCGAGAGGGGAACCCCCACGGGAGCUUGAAGAUUCGCGUUAUCCAGUGGUCGAGAGUGAAGACCGGAGGCAUCUGCCCCCAGUAUCUUCGGACGGCAUGACGUUGCCCUCGAUUCCCUACCCGCCUUCGGCGGGACCAUAUCAGCCGGACCAGCGAUAUCCGGACAGGGGAUAUCCCCAAGAUCCGAGAUACCCGCCAGAACAGAGAACCUGGCCUGCAAAUCCCGCGGUUUCGAACGGCUAUCCACCGUCAGAUUCACGCUAUAUGCCCCAAUUCCCUGCCUCGGAUCCGCGGCAGUAUGAAGACCGGAGGCCGUACGAUGACCGCAGGCAGCAUGAUGACAGGAGGCCGGAGGAUCGGAGACAGUACGAUGAUCAGAGAUUGUACGAUGAGCAGAGGCAGUACGACGAGCAGAGACAGUACAGCGAUCGCAAAGCGUAUCCAGAGCCGUACUACGAUGCUCAGCAGGCGACUCAAGGGAGAGGCGGCGGAUACCCAGCCGACUACUACAGGUACCCGCCAACGGCCUAUCCAUACGCGAUGGGCCCGAACCCUCCUCCUCCGUCAUCCCAACAACAAUCGGCACCGAGGCAGAGGACGUCGAUUGCCUGCCGGUACUGCAGGAAACGAAAGAUUCGCUGUAGUGGUUACACGCACGGCAAAUGCGCCAACUGUGACAAGCUUCAUAUCGACUGCAUUUUCCAGCCGGUUUCAUCUAAUUCCUCCACUGCUUUUGUGCCGGUGUCGGCCGUUCCGGGGGGUGUGCCGCCCGGAACUCCUCUCUACGGAGCAUAUGGCCAGCCUCUACCGCCGUCAAGCGCGUCGGCUCCGCAAGCUCGAGCCUACCCGUAUCCGCCGUCCGACUACACUCCUCCCAUGCAUUCACCCACAGGAUACCCCCCGUACGACGAUAAAGACACCGGGCGCCGACGGACGCGUCCACCAGAGGAGGAACAUAGUUCCAGACCGGGGCCACCAAACUUUCCCGUUGAUGACGAUCCCCGCAGGCGAUCUCCUAUCUCGGUUAACAGCAACGGUACCCCUCCAGCGGUUUACCAUCAGUAUCAGCAGGCUCCUUACGCCCAGGACAGAGCUCCAACUCCCAGCCAAAAAAGUCCCAACGGUGUUGCGCCACCUCGAACGCAGUCGCAGCCGCCACAAGCCCCGCCUCCCCAGAUGCAGCAGCCGCAACUCCAACUCCAGCCGCAGCCGCAGCCACAGCCACAGCCCUUGUCUAGCAGCUACCCGAAUCCCAUGAGUCUGGAUAAUCUGAUAGGGCGGGAGCCUCGCUCGGUAAACGCCAUUGACCAGCACAUGCUUGGGAGAUUGAAUCGUCGAACGUAG